UUGCUCUUCCACAUCCUUCUAUGCCUCCGCGCCGGAGGAGCGAGGAGGAAUAUCCGCCCUAUCUCUGCCUCUCCGCGGACGAUCGGAUAAACCACAUCACGCCUGGGAAGAUGGUUUUUCUGCUGCAUAUGGUUUCCCUUUACACUCUGAGCGUCUUCAGCGGAGCCUCGGCCGCCUCUCACUAUAACUGCAUCGGUCCUCUGGUAUCAGCGUUGCCCCAUUCAUCCUUUCAGAGCUCCUCUCAGUCAUCAGUCCGAUAUGCUGCGUACAAUGCCAAACUCAACAGAAGAGAUGGAGCCGGAGGCUGGUCCCCCAUGGUGACCGACCAGGAGCCCUGGCUCCAGGUGGACCUCAAGGAGCAGCUGGAGGUGACGGCUGUGGCUACGCAGGGACGUUAUGACAGCUGGGACUGGGUCAGCAGUUACCUGCUGCUCUACAGUGACACGGGCCGGGCGUGGAAACAGUACAGGCACGAGGACGGAGUGGGGAGGUUUGUCGGGAAUGUGAAUUCAGAGGCCGUUGUCCAGAACAAGCUGUCCCACCCUUUGAGAACGCGUUUCCUGCGCUUCGUCCCUCUCGACUGGAACCCCAGCGGUUGGAUGGGCCUCAGAGUGGAGGUGUACGGCUGCUCCUACAAGUCUUAUGUGGCAGAAUUUGAUGGCAGAAGCUCGCUGCUCUAUCGGUUUAACCAGAAGUCCAUGUCAACGGUGAAGGACGUGAUCACUCUGCGAUUCAAGAGCCACCAGGCCGAGGGUGUGUUGCUGCACGGAGAGGGGCAGAGAGGAGAUUAUAUCACCCUGGAGCUUCACCGAGGAAGACUGGACCUCUACCUCAACUUAGAUGACAGCCGGCUGAGAUUCAGCAGCGGCCGUGUGGCUGUCACUGUGGGCAGUCUGUUGGACGACCAGCACUGGCACUCUGUUCACAUCGAGCGCUUCAACAAGCAGGUUAACCUCACAGUGGAUUCCCACACACAGCACUUCCAAACCAAAGGAGAAGGACACUCGCUGGAGGUUGACUAUGAGCUGAGUUUUGGGGGCAUCCCGCUGCCUGGUAAACCCGGCACCUUUCUGAGGAAGAACUUCCACGGCUGCAUGGAAAACCUUUACUACAACGGGAUCAAUAUCAUAGACCUGGCAAAGAGACGCAAGCCACAGAUACACAGUGUGGGCAACGUGACCUUCUCGUGCUCGCAGCCCCAGCUGGUGGCCUGCACCUUUCUGAGCUCCGGCAGCAGCUUCCUGUCGCUUCCAUCAGCAGCAUCUGCCACAGGAGGCUUCUCUGUUCGCUUCCAGUUCAGGACGUGGAACGCAGAUGGGCUGCUGCUGUCUGUGCCACUGAACCCGGAGCCCCAGAGACUGGAGCUGCAGAUCAGCAACACCCAACUGCGUCUGACCCUCCACAGCUCAGGACAACAGAAGUCAGAGGUCUCCACGGGUCUCCGAGUCAGUGAUGGUCUGUGGCACUCAGUGAGUCUGGACACCAGGAACCUACAGAUCUCCAUGAGUGUGGAUGGAGAACCGUGCUCCAUGACUGAGCUGUGGGAACAAGUGGAGUCAAGAGGCAACUUGUAUUUUGGAGGCUGCCCUGCGGCCGACUGCCAGAUCCCGACUCCGUCCUUCCAAGGCUGCAUGCGGCUCAUGUUCCUCAGCGGCCAGCCAACGAAUCUCAGUCACGUGCAGCAAGGUUUGCUGGGAAAUUACCACGAGCUUCAGUUCGACACGUGCAACAUGAGAGAUAGGUGCCUCCCAAACCUGUGUGAACACGGAGGCCGCUGCUCUCAGACGUGGAGCUCCUUCGCCUGCGACUGCUCUGGAACGGGAUACUCGGGAGCGACCUGUCACAACUCCAUCUACGAGUCGUCCUGUGAGGCAUACAAGCUGAUUGGCAGCUCCUCUGGCUUCUACUCCAUUGAUCCAGAUGGGAGUGGUCCCCUGGGGCCCACCCAGGUAUACUGCAACAUGACAGAAGAGAAGGUGUGGACGGUGGUGACCCACAACAUUUCAGCACCAGUCACAGUCCAGAGCUCCUCUCCUCAGAAACCUCACGUCACUACCUUUAACUACAGCGCGUCGGCUGAACAACUGCGCGCCAUCGUGUCAGGGUCCGAGCAGUGCCAACAGGAAAUGGUUUACAACUGCAAGAAGUCCAGACUCUUUAAUACUAAAGAUGGAAGUCCGCUGUCCUGGUGGCUGGACCGCGAAGGAGAAAAGAGGAGUUACUGGGGAGGCUUCCUGCCCGGGGUCCAGCAGUGCUCCUGCAGCCUGGAGGAGAACUGCAUCGACAUGAACUUCUUUUGCAACUGUGACGCCGAUACAGAUGCAUGGGCUAAUGACACGGGAAUCCUCUCCUAUAAAGACCACCUACCAGUCAGCCAGAUAGUAAUCGGAGACACCAACAGAACAGGCUCGAAAGCCAUCUACCACAUCGGCCCUCUGCGUUGUUAUGGAGACAAGUCGAUAUGGAAUGCAGCGUCUUUCUACCAGGAGUCGUCGUACCUCUACUUUCCCACCCUGCAGGCAGAGCUCUCCUCUGAUAUCUCCUUUUACUUCAAGACCAGCGCUCCUUCAGGAGUGUUUCUGGAGAACCUGGGCCUCAAAGACUUCAUCAGAGUGGAGCUCAGCUCUCCCUCGGUGGUGACGUUCUCUUUUGAUGUGGGAAAUGGUCCGGCGGUCCUGUCCGUGAAAUCCCACCUGCCCCUGAAUGAUAGACAGUGGCACUACGUGAGGGCAGAGCGCAACGUGCGGGAGGCCUCGCUGCAGGUCGACCAGCUCCCCCUCCGCUUCCUGGAGGCUCCGGCUGACGGGCACCUGCGCUUACGGCUGAGCAGCCAGCUCUUCAUAGGGGGAACGGCGUCCCUGCAGAGAGGCUUCCUGGGCUGCAUCAGGACGCUGACAGUCAACGGCAUGAGCUUCGACCUGGAGGAGAGGGCCAGGAUGACUCCCGGGGUGAGCUCCGGCUGUCCCGGCUACUGCAGCGGCUCCAGCAGCCUGUGCCACAACAGAGGGAGGUGCAUCGAGAAGAGCAACGGCUACAUCUGCGACUGCUCGCUGUCCGCCUACGGGGGAACCACCUGUAACCAAGAGGUGUCGGUGUCCUUUGACAGAGAGUCCUCGGUGACCUACACCUUCCAGGAGCCGUUCUCGGUGAUGCAGAACAGGAGUUCGCAGGCCACCAGCAUUUCCACGGAGAGCAGCAGCCGGGCCAGAGAGGACAUGGCCUUCAGCUUCGUCACGUCCCAGAGGCCAGCCAUGCUGCUGACUGUCAGCACCUUCAGUCAUCAGUACAUCGCUGUCAUCCUGGCAAAAAACGGGAGUCUGCAGAUCUGGUAUCACCUUCAGACGGAGCGGAGUCCGGACGUUUUCAGCCCUGUCCUCACUAACCUGGCAGACGGACGACUCCAUCGAAUCAGGGUCCACAGAGUGGGAAAAAACCUCUACAUUCAGAUCGACCAGGACAUCCACAGAAAGUACACGCUGUCAUCCGAUGCAGAGCUGAUCCUAAUCAGAUCCUUGACAUUGGGCAAAGUCACCAGGAGCGAGAACCUCAAUGAGGAGGUAAUGCAUGCGGCUUCGAAAGGUUUCAUUGGCUGCCUCUCCUCGGUCCAGUUCAAUCACGUGGCACCGCUGAAGGCAGCGCUGACCAAUCGAGGAAGCUCACUGGUCACCAUCCGGGGUCCGUUGGUCCAAUCCAACUGUGGAGCGUUGGCAGAGUCCACCUCGCACACUCUGCAGGAUCAAGCAGUAACUGCCAAUAAAGACAACGAGCAGCUAAGCAACGGAAACCAGAAAGAUCUGGCUGUGAUCGCAGGUGUGGUGACGGCCGUGGUUUUCAUCGCCGUGUGUGCCCUGGCCGUGAUGAGCCGCCUCCUGUACCAGCAGCGUCAGGCCCAGCGGAGCACCAGCAGCAGCAUCAAGGAGGAGCACAGACAAGGCGUUUACACAGACUACAGGACAGAGCUGCAACUCCACAACCCAAUCAGGGACAACAUGAAGGAGUACUACAUCUGACACAGCGUGCUCUCUCCGGCCCUUAGUUGCAAAAGUACCUUUCUCUUACAAACAGGACUUGCGGGCGGGGCGGGAAACGGAUGCGCCGCUUCAGCAUUUCUUACAACAAAACAUCUCUGUACAAGAACAAGCGAGUGGCUGAAUCUUUACAGCUGUUAGUGUAUUUGAUGUUGGUGAAACUGUCCCAAUCGAGCUGCUGUGGUUUCUGUCGUUGCAAAAUGUGUAAAGCAAAAAUCGGACGUUCUGCAGGGGGUGGACGCCACACGCGCAGCGAGCAGGAGCUCCAAUCCGUGAAUGCGCACACUUCAAAUGUUUGUUUGAAACCCUCAGAUGCUGAAUAUUUUCCACAUUUCGGUGGGACUAAAUUGUACUGGCAAGUCAGGAAAUGUAGGCCAGGCUUGUAAGAUAUGCGCGCAUUCGCUGCUGUCUUUGUUUUUUUUCCAGUGGUGGUGAAUGUCUUAGAAGAAGAAACGGGGACGAUACUGCCUAUACUGUAUGAGUGCCUAAUUUGCAUACAACUUUUUAUUUCAACAUUUUAGAAGUUUUCCUUGUGAUUUGCACAAAAAGGCAGUUUUCAUUUGCAUACAGGGGUUAAGUUCUGCAGCCCACACUACACAAAAUAAAAGGAAUUUCCAAGUUAUUCA